UGCACGGAUACACACCAUCGCCUGCACCUCUCGGAUUUAACAUGAACACUCAGUCUUUCCGCUUCCUCGAUCUUCCGAAGGACAUCCGACUCAUGGUUUAUGAACGCCUGCCAAGACAGAUUAAACAACAUAACUUCAGUCUGCCCUUCGGUUCAGUCGAACAAUCUAUGUUGGUUUUCACCUUUUCAGCUCGUGGCUUACCGGUCAACAUCCUCGCAACCUGCCGGACGGUCUUGAAUGAAGCAAAUGUCAUCGUCCAGAGGCUAUCGCAGCGUUUCAUCAUGCAGCCAGAUGCGCCGAUGCGGAUUAUGUAUCAGAGCCCUAAUGAUAUCGAAACUACAGCUGUAUUCCAUCAAGAAGUAGUCUUUCGUCUCAUCGGGUGCAUCGCAGGGAUAUGUGACCGCAUACGUGACUGCGCCUCUCAGCCAGCCACCGCUAUGAUCGCGCACUCAAGUCAACUGGCAUGUAGUUCCCCUGCACUACAGACAAAUGUACCUGGGAGUUAUACUUCCAAGACCUGCACAGAACCUCUGCUGUGGCAUACGACCGACGCAAGAUCUCUAAGCGCCUUCUUCGCGCAUUACGUCAUCGAUCGUGUUGCGAGUAAGAUCCUACGGCCACUACAACACACCAACUCAAACUGCACGAGAGCUGUGAUAGAGAUCUUGGUGCGCACUCCACAUUCUCAAUUUCAAAGUAAAAAAGCCCACUCGGAGUCUUCUGAAAAAGUACAAUUCUUUGCUCUCACCUACUAUUGGUCAGAUGCGCGCCUCGAUAUAUGCACGAGCGAUGAGCUGGAUGAAGAUGGAUGGGAUUUGUUCACCGCAUGUACCUGGCUGGAUGGCAGAUGGUCGUCUAGGGAGACUCUCCAACUUGAUCCGGUAAAGUGCACGGACAGGUCUUGGAUUAGGGAAUGGCUAGAGGGAAGCUGAUUAUGUGAGAAAUAAAUAAAAUGACUGGGAAACCAUAGCGAACGUCUGAGAAUAGACAAAUUAACAUAAAGGUGAAGAAUAAUAAUGUAAAAAA